AUGGACAUGCUCAAUCAACACGUAUUAGAAGCCCAAAACAAUGCCUUAAUGACCAGUCGAGACGAGUUGGACAAGGAAAGACCAAGUACAACAACAUCAAACGAAUCAGCCAAUGGCUCGGGCAGUGUGUCUGUGAUAUUGACCGUACGAUUGUUAAUGUUGGGCAAGGUAUUUGCUUUUUUUCCUUGUUUUACCUUGAUUUCGUUGUUUUGUUACCUAUAUUUAUAAUUUUUGGUUUUAUUUAGAAGAAAAAUAUUGACGUAGGUACCUUAAUAUAUAACUUGUGUGUACUAUAAAAUAUAAAGCCCAUUUUUUAAACUUUUAUUUCCAAAAAAGAUAUAUGGAGUAUUUUACAAUCUAAAUUUCGAGAACUGCCCCAAAGCUAUGUCAUCUACACCCACCCCUAUUCGAAGUCUACUAUAAUAUAAUUUUAAUCGCAAUUUACUCAAAACUCUUACUCUGUAGAUAAGAGGUAUAAAACCAAAUUUCAGGAAGUAGGCUCGAUCAUUGGAAAGCGUGGAGAUCAUGUCAAACUCAUUCGUGACAAAUCCACAGCCAAAAUUAACAUCAGUGAUGGGUCGUGCCCGGAGAGAAUUGUCAGUAUCACUGGCAACUUGACCACCAUCAACACGGCUUUUCAGAUGAUUGCUCAGAAGUUUGAGGAAGUAAGAACUUAGUUUAAAAAUCUGCUCUACCCCAUCCUACAUUACCCUACUCUUCCCUACCUUACCCUACCAUACCCUACUUUACUUUAUCCCACCCUACCCUACCCGGCUCUGUCCUGACCAACUUCGCUUUGCCCUACAAUACCACACCCUGACCUGUCUUGCCUUGUCAUGCCAUGCCCUACCUUACCUUUCCAUACUUAAUCAUGCCCUACUAUUCCCUGUCUUAUCUUACCCUACCCUCCACUGUGCGUCCUUGCCCUGUUCUUCCCUGCCUUACCUUACCGUACUUCAGCAUGACAUGCCCUACCUUACCCUAAACUACACUGCCUGGCCUUGCCUUUCUCUGUUCUGUUUUGGCUUGUCCUACCAUGCACUGCCUCAUAUUACCCUACACUACGAUAGCAUAUCCUAAAUUGCCUUAUGUUAGCCUAAAACUACUCUUACCCACUCUGCCCUACCCUACUAUAUCUUAUUUUACCCUCCACUACCCACCCCCUAAUUUCCAACCUUUAUAAUAAUCUUUCAUCCCAGUACUUACAGGACAUGACAGCCAUUCCAAACUCAGUACCGAAGCCUCCAAUCACAAUGCGUUUGAUCAUUCCAGCCACUCAAUGUGGUUCCAUUAUUGGCAAAGGUGGUACCAAAAUCAAGGAAAUUCGAGAACGAACGGGCUCUUCUAUUCAAGUGGCUAGCGAGAUGUUACCUAAUUCUACCGAACGUGCUGUCACAAUUAGCGGUACCUGUGAGGCACUUAUUGAAUGUAUGCGACAAAUUUGUGUCAUCCUACAAGAAGCACCGCCUAAAGGCGCUACGUUGCCUUAUCGGUAAGGGUUUUGUGGGUAUAGCGUGGAGUUUAGCUGUAGUUUUUUUAAUUUUUGAAAAACACCAUUGCUUAAAUUUGUGUUCAAGUAGAACUAUAAGGCCCUGCAGACACUAUAAACUUAAUUUUCAUAACUCUAAACCACUGUGUAACCUAUAAAAACACCAAACAAUACAAAAACCACCACUUUUUACCUACUACAACAUCAUUUUUAGGCCAAAACCAACAUACAACCCAAUGUUAGUAGCUAGUUCGGCCGCUGCAGCUGCCGCAGCUCAACAACAAGCUACCCAACACAUUACUAGCAUCCUACAACAACAGCAACAACAAGUCUAUGGCCAACAAGCCUCAAUGGUACCCAAUAUGUUACAGUACCAGGCUUAUGCGGGCGUAAAUCCAGUAUUAGCUAAAGGUGGCUAUCCUCCUGUUUCUGGAGGUAAGAGGGGUUUAUUUUUGACCUUUUUAGCUGUUUUUAAAAAUUUAAGAAGCGCUUUGAUUUACGGUAUUUACAAUAUUAUAAUACCCACCUUUCAGAUGCCGAUAUUCAACAAGCCAUUCUGAACAAUCUGGCACUAGCUCAAUCUCAACAAAGUGCUCUAUUAUCACCUGAUGAACUUCAAGCAGCACUACUAGGCCUUUCCAAUCCAUUAGGCUGGACUGGAAGGCCUGAAGACAUGAUUAAUGCUCAACUCUUGGGUCAAGCGGGUAUACUACAACAUUGUGGUGGAAAAGUUGGUGGACAAACGGGCAUUUCAGACAGGUUAGCGUUGUACUUGACUGAAAAUGACUGUUUUCCAAAUUUUUGUUACCUUUUUUAAUCUAAAAUGUCAUCUUUUGGGCAAAAAAUUUCAUUUUUUCCGGAAAAACAGGGAUUUACCAAGAUUAUCGCUUGAUCCUAAUCUCCUAAACCACGAAAACAAAACAAAAAAAUUAACUUACCCGUCCAUUUUCAGUAUCUCAUCUGUUCAAGCCAAGAAAACUCGAAACUUGAACCAAAAUGCUCAAAAUCCAGCGAAUAUGCGACGUUAUGCACCUUAUUGA